AUGCCUCCCAAGACCAAGACCGCGAAGAAGAAAGCGCCUGCGCCUUUGCUGACCCUGAAAGAACUGGAGAGUUACGGAAAGGAAAAGUCGCCCGACGGCUUCGCAAAAAUUCCAGCUCCAUCCGCAUUCAUAUUUCAGGACCAGGUCGUCAACAGCAACGGAAGCGACUACAAGAUGUUCGUCGGCCACAUCAACUCAGAAGGAAAGAAGAAGCCACUGUAUGCACACAUUACACGGCCGUGUCGUGUCGAGUUCCGAUACGACGUGAACAUAGUAGCAGCCAGAGAAGACCGCGAUCAGUUCGAGCUGAUCAAGGAACUGUCACACUUCUAUUCAGGUUCCAAGAAGAUCGUCCUCCCUGGAUUGGAAACUAUCAUCGCAUAUCUGUUUGUCGCGGACGAUAAGUGGUUCGGUAUCAUGGACGGUGCCCGCGGCGACGUUUCCUUAAAGGCCUUUAAGUUGGUCUGCGACACCUUAGCGAAGGUCCUAGACAAGGACGUCUGUGAGAAGAGAGAGCCUGGAAGUCUAGAGAAGCUCAAGAGCGCGUUGAUCCGGAACGAAGCGAAGCUCAUGGGAGAGUUGGUGGAGAAGACCAAAGAGAUAAUUCAGCACGGGCAGACAUUUGGAGAUAGAUUAAGGGAUAUGUUCGACCAGACAUCCGGCUUCGAGCCGUUGGAAGAAGCGCAGAAAUACGAUAUGGAGGAGUUCGAGAAGUUGGUCGCUGGAUUUGAGAAGAGGUUCGGCAAGAUCUAG